AUGCCUCCUCAACUGCACAACGGGCUGGACUUCUCUGCCAAGGUCAUCCAGGGCAGCCUCGACAGCCUGUCUCAGGCAGUGAGGGAGUUCGUGGAAGCCAGUGCCCAGCUGUGCCAGCCGGAGCAUAUCCACAUCUGUGACGGCUCUGAAGAGGAGUAUGGGCGCUUGCUGGACCACAUGCAGGAGGAGGGCAUCAUCCGCAAGCUGAGGAAAUAUGACAAUUGUUGGCUGGCUCUGACUGACCCCAGGGAUGUAGCCAGGAUUGAAAGCAAGACGGUCAUCAUCACCCAAGAGCAGAGAGACACAGUGCCCAUCCCCAAAACCGGCCUCAGCCAGCUGGGCCGCUGGAUGUCCGAAGGGGACUUUGAGAAAGCUUUCAACGCCAGGUUCCCGGGGUGCAUGAAAGGUCGCACCAUGUAUGUCGUCCCUUUCAGCAUGGGGCCACUGGGCUCACCUCUGGCCAAAAUUGGCAUAGAGCUGACAGACUCACCCUACGUGGUGGCCAGUAUGCGGAUCAUGACACGGAUGGGGACAGCUGUCUUGGAGGCCCUAGGCAGUGGGGAGUUUGUCAAGUGCCUCCACUCUGUGGGGUGCCCUCUUCCCUUAAAAAAGCCUCUGGUCAACAACUGGCCCUGCAACCCGGAGCUGACACUGAUCGCCCACCUCCCGGACCGCAGGGAGAUCAUCUCCUACGGAAGCGGAUAUGGCGGGAACUCGCUGCUGGGGAAGAAAUGCUUCGCCCUGCGGAUCGCCAGCCGGCUGGCCAAGGAGGAAGGGUGGCUGGCAGAGCACAUGCUGAUCCUGGGCGUGACCAACCCUGAAGGCAAGAAGAAAUAUCUGGCCGCAGCUUUCCCUAGCGCCUGUGGGAAGACCAACCUGGCCAUGAUGAACCCCACCCUCCCCGGGUGGAAAGUCGAGUGUGUGGGUGAUGACAUUGCCUGGAUGAAGUUUGAUGCCCAAGGCAACUUACGGGCUAUCAACCCAGAAAACGGCUUCUUCGGGGUCGCUCCUGGCACCUCAGUGAAGACCAAUCCCAACGCCAUUAAGACCAUCCAGAAGAACACCAUCUUCACCAACGUGGCCGAGACCAGCGAUGGCGGCGUUUACUGGGAAGGGAUCGAUGAGCCGCUGGCCCCAGGUGUCACCAUCACCUCCUGGAAGAACAAGGAGUGGAGACCACAGGAUGAGGAACCCUGUGCCCAUCCCAACUCGAGAUUCUGCACCCCAGCCAGCCAGUGUCCCAUCAUUGACCCUGCCUGGGAAUCUCCAGAAGGUGUGCCCAUCGAGGGCAUCAUCUUUGGUGGUCGUAGACCUGCAGGUGUGCCGCUUGUGUACGAAGCGCUCAGCUGGCAGCAUGGCGUGUUCGUGGGAGCAGCUAUGAGAUCAGAGGCCACGGCUGCUGCAGAGCACAAGGGCAAGGUCAUCAUGCACGACCCCUUUGCUAUGCGGCCCUUCUUUGGUUACAACUUCGGCAAAUACCUAGCCCACUGGCUGAGCAUGGCUCACCGGCCAGCAGCCAAGUUGCCCAAGAUCUUCCACGUCAACUGGUUCCGGAAGGACAGAGAUGGCAAGUUCCUCUGGCCGGGCUUUGGAGAGAACUCUCGGGUGCUCGAGUGGAUGUUCAACAGGAUCGAAGGGGAGGACAGCGCCGAGCUCACGCCCAUUGGCUACAUUCCUAAGGAAAACGCCCUGAACCUGAAAGGCCUGGGGCACAUCAACAUGAAGGAGCUGCUAGGGAUCCCCAGGGAGUUCUGGGAGGAGGAGGUGGAGGAGAUCAGUAGGUACCUGGAAGACCAAGUCAACGCUGACCUCCCCGGCGAGAUUGAGAGGGAGCUCCAAGCCCUGAGGCAAAGGAUCAACCAGAUGUAAUCCCAGCCCGGGUGGCUCUGAGUUCACCCCGUUCACCCUUCCCAGCACGCACAGGGAGCCAGGCCAAAGCCAGCCUGCCCCAGCUUUGAGAAGCCCACACAAUGCUGAGUAGGUCAGAAAGGCACCUUUUGUUAGUCAGUGGAGCACCACAGGGGACAGGCUGGGGACUAGCACGGUUGGGUGGGGAAAUCACAGCACGCGCUCCAAGGUUUGCUCUGAUGAUGAUGCGGGCUUUGGUCCCGCCUCAGGGUCUCUCAGGAAUCCAGGUUUUCACUUUAGCUGUAGCAGUUAGCUAAAAUGCACAGAAAACAUACUUGAGCUGUGUGUGUGUGUGUGUGUGUGUGUGUGUGUGUGUGUGUGUGUGUAUGUGUAUGUGUGUGCGUGCCUGUCUGUCCCGUUGUCUACAAACUAUUUAAUGCCUCUGGAAAAAUCUUGGGCAAGUUUAUCUGCAGUUGCAACCAGAGAGAUGUGUUGCUUUGUUGGCUAGUAUGUGUGUUUAAGUUAUUUUUAUACACUGCCCUUCCUUACCGUUCUCUACAUAAUUGAAAUAGGCAUCCAGACCACUUCUUGGGGGAAAAAAUUUACCAAAUAAACUUUUAUAGGAAAAAGUGGA